AUGACUGAUCAAACUAAAAUUAAACUGGAAAAAGAUCAUCAAAAUAUUAUCUCCGAGAAGGUUGACUCCGAUGUUAAAGUUUCCACUGACACCCCCACAAAAAUAAACAAUAACAAUAACAACAAUGACGACAAACUGAAUCCAUCAGAAUCAACAACAACUGGCAAAUCUUCUUCGACCACUACUAAUAAAAAAGAUAAACCAAAGGCAUUUACUAUCAAAUAUAAACGUCCUAGAGGUUCUCGUGCUUGUACAGUUUGUCGAUCACGGAAAGUUCGAUGUGAUGCAGAAAUUCAUAUACCUUGUACAAAUUGUAUUACAUUUGGUUGUGAUUGUAUACUUCCAGAAGUUAAAAAAAGAGGUAAUCAAUCAGGUGAAUCAAAAGCUAAAAAGCAAAAGACUGCUGCCAAUUCAAAAACACCAACUACUACUACCACUACCACCACCACCGCCAAUGGCAACACCUCCAAUGGCAACAGUACUGGUAAAACAGCAACAGCGGCAACUGCAACCAAAUCAAAUACAAAAGAAAAAAAUUACACAAAUAAAAAAUCUUCCACCUCCACUAAUACACGAGACAAUGGGACACUACCCGUACUGGAGAAUUCAUCGAAUAUCUCCUCGACAACGACUACGACUACAACUACCGGUACGGCAACCAACAACAACAACAACAACAACAACAACACUAGUGCUCCCAUCACUACUGCCGCUUCUGCAUUAUCAUCUUUAUCUAAAUCAGCCAUAAACACUUCCAACACUUCCACCACUUCAACAUCAGCAAAUGAACCUAUUUUAAACAUUUCUCAAAUAAGUGUACCACCAUCAUUAACUUCGACUUAUAAAAAUCGUCCUCUGAUGCAUAAAAAGGAAUUACUUGAUUCUAAAGCUAAAACCUCAUUAACAUUUUUAGGUCUGUCUUCAAUUGGGGUUGUACCUCAACGUGCUGGAGAAAAUCAUGUUGAAUUAACUACCGAUAUUUUUGAUACUAUGGAUGUUACAUUAGAUUCAGUAGAAUUGGAAAUUUUGAAAAUUAGAGGAGCAUUUUUAUUACCAAACAAGGAAUUAUCACUUGAUUUAAUCAAUGCAUAUUUUGAACAUGUUCAUCCAUUAAUGCCAGUAAUUAAUCGCUCAUUAUUUAUGAAAAAAUUCCAUGAUCCUAAUGAUAAUCCUAGUCUUAUGGUUUUACACGCAGUAUUAUUAUUAGGAUGUCGAGUUUCAAAAAAUCCUUUGUUGUUAGAUUCUCGUGGUACUAAUGAUUUGGCUAGUAUAACUUUUUUCCGUCGUGCAAAGACAUUAUAUGAAACUAAUUAUGAAAGUGAUCCUAUAUCAAUCAUUCAAACAUUAAUUUUAAUUGGUAGUUAUUGGGAUGGACCUGAAGAUGUUACAAAAAAUUCCUUUUAUUGGACAAGAGUAGCUGUGGGAUUAGCUCAAGGAUUUGGAUUUCAACGUGAUGUCAGUAAAUCACAAAAUUUAACUGUUUCCGAGAAGAAAAUUUGGCGAAGAAUUUGGUGGUGUUUAUUUGAAAAAGAUCGUAAUGUUUCCAUUGCCUUUGGAAGACCCGUUGUUAUUGAUUUAAAUGAUUGUGAUGUACCAAUGUUAACCAUUGACGAUUUUGAUGAAACUGAUCCAGAAUUAGGUAUCAAUGAUCCUUAUACUGUAGAUGAAACUCAAGCAUUAUAUUUUAUUCAUUUAGUCAAACUUGCUGAAAUCACGGGUAUUAUUAUCAAACAUCAAUAUAGUGUUAAAUCCGAAUCAAUGAAAAGAAGAAAUGCCUUUUCUAUUAUUGAACAUUGUGAUAUGUUAAUGGGGAUUUGGUUUACUAAUUUACCACCACAAUUAUCCUUUUCAUUAGCUGAUAAUCUGACACAAAAUUUUUAUGCAUGUUUAUUGAAUGCUCAAUAUUAUAAUCGAUUAUAUUUAAUUCAUCGAUCAAAUUUGGUUCGUAUGGCAAGAUCAUCGUCGACUAAUCCUAACAAUUAUAAAUAUCCUAGUUGGGGGAUUUCUUUCCAAUCGGCGAGAAUGAUUUCUAUUAUAUCAAAAAUUUUAUUGGAUCGUGAUUUAUUACAAUAUGUCCCAGUUAUGUUUAUUUAUAUUGCCUUUAGUGCAUUGAUAAUGUUGAUUUAUCAUGUUGAUUCAACAAAUGCGGUUAUUGCAUCAACGGCAACUGACUCGUUAUAUGUAUCACGUGCAGUAUUGAAAGAAUUACAAAAAUCUUGGCCCAUUGCUGGAGUAUUAUUGAAAUUAUUUGAUAAAUAUGCUAAUGAUAAAUUGAAACGAUCUAAACUUAUUGAAAGUAGUUCUAAAGUUGCUGAUUAUAAAGAAAUUAUGGCCCAGGAAAAAAUGAGAAAUUCUUCAACCAGUCCAUUAGCAUCAGAUAGUUAUGGAAGAGUGAAAUCUACACCAGAAGUGACUACUUAUCAAGAACCUCCACAACAACCACAACAACGACCAUCACGAGCACUGCAACAACAGCAACAACAAGUUCCAUCACAAUUGCCGUUACCACAAACAAAACAAUCACAAUCACAAUCACAACCACAACCACAACCACCACAACAAGGAUAUGGACCAGAUAAUUAUAGAAAGAAUAUUUUUUCACCCGGUUCAAAUUCAACAACAUCAGGUAUAUCACCUGGAGGUAAUGUUUAUCAAGAUUAUCAAACCUCACCAGCUAAUAUAUCUCAUACAUUAAGACAACUUCAAGAACAACAACAACAACAACAACAACAACAACAACAACAACAACAACAACAACAACUGCAGCAACAACUGCAUUAUCAACAACAAGAUUUUGGAUAUAAUGGUUCACAACAAUCAUAUAAUAAUAAUAAUAAUAACAAUAGCAACAUCAAUACUCAACAACAGCAUAAUAAUUCCUCCAAACCACCACAAAUUGAAGAAUUGGUGAAACAAUAUAAAUUACCAAUGAAACGUGCAGCACAAGGUGAAACCAGUGAUGCUAGUGAUAAACCAACUACUGAUACAUCACCAACAUCAUCAAUUAAAUCAUUUCCUGAAAUAUCGAUGGUUACCGAUAAUUUAACUAAUAAACAAGAUUUUAUUGAUAAUUUUGAACCAACACAAUUAUUUCCUAAUUUUAGUAUACCUCCAACAAGAGCCCAAUCGCCAACUCCAAAUUAUGAAGAUCAUAAUGAUAAUGGGAUUGGUAGUAAUAUUUAUGGAUCAAUGAAUCAAGAAAUGACCAUGAGAGAUAGUGUGGCACCAUCACAACAGGAACAACACCAACAAUUCCAUAAUGAUGUUAUUGGUAAUGGUCAACAUCAACAUAUUAAUGGUGAUAAUAAUAAUCGUGAUCCACAUACACCAGGUUUCCAAACUAAUUUUAUCGAUAGUGCAUUUAAUUAUUUGAAUUUACAAUCAGGUAUUGAUAUGAAUGAAGAUAUUCAUUCAUUAUUUCAUAUGAUGAAUUGA